UGUGUCUUCCACGACUUUGACAUUCCGCUUACCCAAUAAAACGCUUUGCUCUUUCGUGGAAGAAGCAGCUUUUGUGUGUGCCAAUAACAAUCAAAUAUAUGCGCUAGAGCGGAGGAGCAAUCACGCACUGAACCAAAUGCCUUGAAACAACCAAAUUGUACAAUGGAAGUGAAGCACCGUGAAGCAGGGAGUCUGCCGGCGGCUAUGAGCUCAGCAGAUGUCGGGGUGGAGUCAGCUGCAUCAGAGCCAGCUUCGUCACGGCGUCGAGCGGGAGGCCAGAAAAGGAAAGCCGGAGCGCUUUCAACAGGCACCACGUCGUCAACGCCGUCGAAACGAAUCACUCGCGAAAAGAACUCAAUUUCUCACACCCCGAUCUACAACCACAACGGGCCUUUGACGAGAGCUCGCCAGGGCCCCAGCACUCUGAGUGCAUCCGCGGUAGAAACGGCUUUGGCGGGUGGAAAGCUCGAAGCUGCACGUGAUGACGCGAAGGUGGUUGAGGAACUGAACAAAGAGAGUGAACAGUGGCAGGCUUUGGAGGCGAAAAUCGAGGCGGAUUUUGAGGCGAUUAGAUCUCGUGAUAUUAGUGUUCAUGUGGUGCCAACACAUUGUGGUUGGUUUUCGUGGACAAGAAUUCAUCCUCUUGAGGAGCAAGGAUUGCCUUCUUUUUUCAAUGGGAAAUCCCAGGACCAAACUCCUGAUAUAUAUAUGGAGAUACGUAAUUGGAUUAUGAAAAAGUAUCAUGCAAAUCCAAACACUCAAAUUGAAUUGAAAGAUUUGUCGGCACUUGAGGUUGGACGUGUGGAUGAUAGACAGGACGUGAUGGAGUUCUUGGACUACUGGGGCUUAAUCAAUUUCCAUCCAUUCCCACCCAAAUUGACAGCUGCAAAUGCUGAUGGUGAUAGGUUGGCAAAUGCUGAUUGUGACAUGUCAGCAAGUGCUGAUGAUGAGGGAGCAGCAAAAAAGGAUUCCUUGCUUGAAGAAUUGUAUCACUUUGAUGAAAUUCAAUUAUGUCCUCGUGCUGCUCCAAAGCCUAAGAUAAUAUCUCCCACUGCUCCAUCUAGGUUGUUUCCAGAGUCUGCAAUUGCUGAAGAGUUGGUGAAGCCUGAGGGGCCAUCUGUUGAGUACCAUUGCAACUAUUGUUCGGCUGAUUGCUCUCGUAAGCGCUAUCAUUGUCAAAAGCAGGCAGAUUUUGAUCUAUGCACUGAUUGCUUCAAUGAUGGGAAGUUUGGCUCUGGCAUGUCAUCAACGGAUUUUAUUCUCAUGGUGCCUGCUGAAGCUGCUGGUUUGAGUGGUGAGAAGUGGACAGAUCAGGAGACCCUUCUCCUCCUCGAAGCUUUGGAACUUUAUAAAGAAAACUGGAAUGAGAUUGCAGAGCACGUCGCCACUAAAACAAAAGCUCAAUGUAUAUUGCACUUUGUUCAAAUGCCUAUUGAGGAUGUGUUUUUUGAUCAUGAUGAUAGUGUAGAUGCCAAUUCAAAAGAAACUGCAGAUCCUGUUGCAACCAAUGACGAUGCAUCUGCCCCUAAAGAUGUUCCUGAAACAUCAGAAAGUAAGACAGGCGGAAAUGAGGGUCAGACCCAAAUUUUUCCUUCGGAAACUUCAAAAUCAGAAGAUGCAAAUACUGUGAAAACAUGUCAGGAAACUUCAAGAACAGAAGACGUAAAUAAAGUUAAAGUUGGUGAAGAAAUGGUAAAAUCAGAAGACACCAGUGGAGUGAAAGUCCAGGAGACUGAUGAAAACAUUGCAUUGAAGGCUCUUAGGGAAGCAUUCGAAGCUGUUGGUUAUCAUCCUCCUGAAAGCCCACAUUCCUUUGCUGAAGUUGGAAACCCUGUCAUGACAUUGGCAGCAUUUUUGUCACUGCUGGUGGGGCCUGGUGUUGCUACUGCAUCAACUCGUAGUUCUUUGAAAUCCAUAUCUGGCAAUUCUCCUGCCAUGCAGUUGGCUGCAAGGCACUGCUUUGUUUUGGAAGAUCCCCCAGGUGACAAGGAACCGACUCAGUCUGAGAGUGUUGUUGCCAAGAUUGCCAAUCAAGACACUCAGAAUAAUAAUAACCUGGAAGACAGAAAGCACAAAGAGGAUAACACUACCACAAUGCUGGAUGAAAGAGAUGAUAAUGACAGCAAGUUAACCGAAGAGUCUGUUGUAGAAGAACAGAGAACAUCAACCUCUUCAAAUGAUAAACCCACAGAGGACUUAAAUGCUGUAAAAGCACCAGGCAACAAAGUUAUUCCUGAAAAAGUUGAAUCUGGUGAUUUGAAUAAAUUAGGCAAUAAAGAAUUGCCCAAGGAAAAUCAACCAAACAUUGUGGAGAAAUCAAAUAAUUUAUCAUCCAAGUUUGCUCUAAGCUCUGUGAAAGAGUCUGGAGAGGGAAAUUCAUCGAUAGAGGCUGCCAAAGAUGUUGAAUUGUCUUCUGAUGCGCUUCCAUCGGAAAAGAGUGAGGCUGGUCAACCAGUUAUAUCAAGUUUCAAAGCAGAGCCCUCUCAAACUACAGAAGCACCAAAGGAUGUGGAUAUGGUGUCUAAUCCCUUGGAAUCGAAUGAGCCUCAACAGACUGAUUCAGUUAUUGUAAAUGGAACAACUACAGGUGAGGAUCAAACUAAGGAUAGUAAAGAAGAGAAGCAGGACCAUAGAGAGGUAAAAGAUGAACAUAAUAUUGAUAAAAUAGGGCAAGCGGCAGUUACUGCACUUUCUGCUGCAGCAGUGAAGGCAAAACUUCUUGCCAAUCAGGAAGAGGAUCAUAUUCAACAACUUGCUACAUCAUUGAUAGAAAAGCAGUUACAAAAGUUAGAAGCCAAGUUAGCUUUCUUUAAUGAGAUGGAUAAUGUGACUUUGAGGGUUAGAGAGCAGAUGGAGAGGUCAAGACAGAGGCUUUACCAUGAACGGGCUCAAAUAAUUGCAGCUCGACUUAGCUCUUCCAGACCAAUGCCAACAUUGAUACCUGCUAACAGAAUGCCACCAAACUUUGCUAACUCAGCUGCAAGACCUCCAAUGAGCAUGACUUCCCCACGGCCACCAAUGUCAAGACCCAUGGGGACUGUAGGUGCUACCCCUUCUAACUCAUUUGUCUCAACAGCACCGGCUGGAAGAGCAAUUCGGCCUUUGAAUCAGGACAAACUUUCUUCAGUUGGAAUGAAAUAGUCUCUUGAUGUAUAAAUGGCAAAUACACUUUUAUCCAGCAAUCCUGCUACCAGUUUUCCAAUUCUUGGGAAGUCUUCAAGUUUGCACAUUACAACUCAGGCGAUGGAAUCAAUUUUUUUAUAGUGAUAUGGAGAGCCAAAGUUUGGAUAUGGAAAUUCAGUUGCCUUUAUUCCCUUAGCAUUAUAUUGGGAGGGAGAAGCUAGUUUUUCGGCAUCUUCCUGUUUUGAGCAACAAUUGUUGUAGUACCCGCAUUAAAAUUAGAAACUUGCAUAUUAGGUUCUGUUGUUGUUUGUAUAUUUGUAAUAAGGCCAAAGUCUUAACUUAUGAUAUAUUUAACCAGUACAAGUUGAUCAAAGGUUUGUAUCUUUUUGUAGCUUUACCCUAAUUAUUAUUAUCUAUGGCUUUUGGGUGUAAA